CUUCCGGCGACGCCCAGGCACUGACAGCCUCUGCGCUCAGUCGAGCCUCUGAAGCGCAGCCGACCUCGCCGAGAGCCCAGCGGCCCUGUACAGAGCCCGGCCACCCCGCGACGAGCCCAGCAGAGCCAGCGCAGCGCCAUGGAACGCCGUGUGAAGUGGACAAAGGCCCUCAUAGCCUGGCCCACCCUGCUGCGUGACAGACCGCGUCACUUGAACCCCAUCCCGUUUCCCGAGCUGUUUGAUGGCGACACCGACCGCCUCCCGGAGUUCAUCGUGCAGACGGGCGCCUACAUGUUGGUGGACGACAAGAUCUUCGACUGCGACGAACUCAAGGUGACGUUCCUCAUCACCCGCCUCAAGGGCCGGGCCCUUGAGUGGGUGAUCCCCUACAUCGAGCAGAAAAGCCCCCUGCUAGCCGAUUACAAAGGCUUCCUGGCUGAGAUGAAGCGUGUGUUCGGGUGGAUAGACGACGGGUGGGAAGAAAUAGAGGCGGACAGGAGGAAGAAGGCGGAGGAGAGGAAGAAGAAGGAGGAGGAGAGGAGGAAGAAGAGGGAGGAGAGGAGGAAGAAGAAGAAGGAGGAGAAGGAGAAGAAGGAGAAGGAGGAGAAGGAGAAGAAGGAGAAGGAAGAGAAGGAGAAGAAGGAGAAGGAGGAGGAGGAGAAGAAGAAGGAGGAGGAGGAGAAGAAGGAAGAGGAGAAGAAGGAAGAGAAGGAGGAGGAGGUGAAGGAGGAAAAGGAGGAGGAGGUGAAGGAGAAGGAGGAGGAGGUGAAGGAGAAGGAGGAGGAGGUGAAGGAGGAAAAGGAGGAGGAGGUGAAGGAGAAGGAGGAGGAGGUGAAGGAGGAGGAGGAGGUGAAGAAGGAGGAGGAGGUGAAGGAGGAGGAGGUGAAGGAGGAGGAGGAGGAGAAGGAGAAUUAGGACUUCUAGGCCGCCAGCUCCCCAGGCCUGGGGCGGGGCCCUGCGAGGGUGGGCUGCUGCCAAGCUCGCAUCACUGCAGCCAGGAUCGCCUGGGCGCCCUCCCACCGCGCCUCCCUCCUUCCCGAGCCCCCCUCCCCCCCUCCGAGAUCUCGCAUGCGCGCCCGCCCGUGUCCCCUCCUAUGUCCUCCUUGCCUUUGUUCUAAGAAUAGCUCUCCAGGCUCCCGCUGCUGUCGCCGUGGGGCCUGGCUCUGGAGAGCACAAUGCCUCCCAGUGCUGACAGCCCAGCCCCUCCCAGGCACGUUUGGACACUGUCCUAGGCUCCAGCUGCCAUCAGGAUGGGCCCCUGUCACAUAACGGACAGAUCGCCCGCCGCCAGACGCUGUCGACUGCCUCCUGCCCGGUGGACAGCCUGUGCCCAUCUACCCACAAGGUCUGCGCUGCCGCUGCCAUUUCAAACCCCUGCACCCACCAUCUGUGGACGUGGACUGACUGCUGCCCUGAAGGGAUCUGGACUCACGUGGGAGGUACCUGAGCCGCCCACAGCCCAUGGACAUUGAUUCAACUUCAGCGGGACCCAUUCCCACCCUUUUUCCAGAGAUCUCUUGUCUCUCAUUUUGUCAAGUGGACCAGUUCAUUUUCCUGAGAAUCCAGUUUUCUUUCUGAAUUUGCGGCUGUCUGUCUGGUGUGUGUGCCUUUGUUCAACACAGUAACCCCUGUGCUCUUUCCAGCUCGUCUGCUCUACUUGUCCAAAAGCCUCUUCCUUACUUUCAAUAAAUGUCAGAUGCUGUUUAAAAAGAAA